UCUUCUCUUCCCUCGCUCACUUUCGCUCCACUCAAAGGCCAUGGAACUGGUAGUGGAACUCGGGCGUAAGGCAGACUGGAUUGCUGUUGCUCCACUAUGGCACAAAGCAAAUGAAAGUUCAGUAGAGGGAAUGUGACAGGCUCUUUCCUAUUUAUGUUGGUGUGACGAAGAUCUGAUAAGAAUGUAGCAAAUUAUGUGCGCACCUUUGACUUAAUUGGAGUGCAUUCGUGCCGUGCCUCCUGUGAAACCUUCAAGUGGUCCGUAUCUCCUAACAUGAGAUUCACAAGACCGACUUGAACAAUGGGUUGAGGGAUAUCAUUGCCAUAUUUAUUGUCUGACCAUGGCUGAAGGUGGAUCCCAAGGUGCUCCAAUGGAUAUCCCUAUUCUGGUGGAGCCCGUUACCAUCGUGGAGCCAGAUGAGGAACCUGUUGUUAACGAGGAGGAAGACCCUCAUGUGGACUUAGUCCAGUUCAUCAUCACAAAUGUUGGUGCCAGCAGUCUCAAAAAGGGAAUCUUCUUCUCCCCCGAUCCCUAUGUCAAGUUCAAAAUUAGUCCUGGGGAGGAGUUCAAUCGAACGGCUGCCCAUUAUGGUCAACAUUGUCGGACCAAUGUGAGACGCAACACUGUCGAUCCGUCAUGGGAUAACGAGAAAUUCCGAUUUGUCGCGUCUAUGAAUGAUUUCCUUGAGAUUGAGAUCAAAGACAAGUUCGUCAAGUCAAGGCCGAUCAUCUCCCGAAACUUGGGAAAGCUCAAAACGCCCAUUCACAAACUGCUGCACAACGUCAAAACUCAAAAACCAAGUCAUGUAGCCUAUUCCUUGUCCACCCAAGAAAACCCAUGCUGCUCUUCAUUGCGCUUCUGCGUGACCUUGUUCCAAGAUCCCCCGUCGGCCGCGAGGUCUUCCCUGCUGCAACCUCCAACGGCAUCCAUGUUGGCUAAGUCUCCAACAUCUCCGUUUGCCUCUGAGUUGAGCACUCCACGUCAAUCGCUACCCUUUUCGGCUUCUAACUCGCCAGGAGAGUCCCCGUUCUCCAGACAGGUUAUGAACCGUAGAUCAAGCGACUCCCGUCAAAUGCUGAAGACCUCACCAGAGGUGUUCUUACGACAAACCACGGCUCGAAGGCGCUCGAAUUUGAAGAAUGAGGGCACUCAAUGUUCUCCUACUCUUUUACGAAGACGUGCCUUGAACCGUAAGGAGUCGAGUCCAGGACGACCGAGCACUAAUGUCGCUUCAGGCCAGACUAUCAAUGGUGCCCGAGCCCGACCAAACAGUGCCACAUUGAGUGAGGCACAAAUGGUCCGAUCCCGAACUUUGCCCCGGAGACUGUCGCAACAAAGUUGUUCUCAGGAGGCUCCUGCAGCCUCUCCUUCCUCUCAGUCUCAGUCUAAUGACAAUAUGCGAGUCCAAUCCAGUACCAGGAAACUCAGUGCAAGUCCACGAGAAAGAAAACGAAACGCUUCGUCCCUUGCCACUUCCAACCCCGAUCCUACAAGUUCCAAACUCUCCCCAGACACAGCUAAUUACUACCGUGUCUUGAGUGAUACCGCAAAUCGACAAGAACCAAGACAAGCUGAUGCUGCCACGGCCACGGAUAUGCCUGCUUCACCAAUUCCUUUGCAAAAGAAUCGUGUUUUCGGCCCCCAAACCGGGCGAAACCAGGCAAAUGUGUUGCCUUUUGGCAGGAGCGUCCAAAAGGCCAUUGUUCCUAAGGCAGUGUCAGCUUUAUGCAUCGAACCCAUGGAGACUGCAGCGGAUGACUUCACGUUGAGAGGCUCUUCCGAAACAGCCUCUUCUUCCUUAGUAUCAUGUCUGAAUCUGGAUUUAGGGGUUGAUAACCCAAGGCGCCCAAAUACACUGUCCAGGCACGGCUUGGGUUCUUCACAAUCCCAUGGAGGUCUUUCUAUCUUUGGCAGUGUUGACAGUGAGCAAUCUGUUCCACGCACUGCUCCCCUGGCUACACCCGAACAUGACACAUCUUUGGUUGAUACCUCUUCAAUGGAUCAGGCUGACAAUGAGGAGACCAAUCAAGGAGUGCAACAACAACAAUCCAUGGACGGGAUCCCCAAUGACGUGUUUCAAGAGCACAUGGACCAAGUACUUGAGGCAAGUGAGAGCAGCUCCAGCUCGGGUCAAAGAAACCCAUGCCUCUCCGAGAUCCGCCAACGGCACUCCAACUUGAUGAGCACCGACAAUGUACCUUCAUACAAUACCAGUCUAGAUAUAACCAAUGCGCUUCUGGACGAUGACGUAUUUACCAGCGGCACAAACCACAUGGAACAGGGAGCUCAAUCGUCUCAAUCUCCUUCUGAAUCUAUUCCACAUUCUUCUAGUCUCACCACUAGCGGGAACAGCUCAACACUACCUGUUACAGUACCUGUGACAAAUGUAAAUGUCGUCUCAUUGGAGUCAGGGACUUCACUCCGCUCCAGUCCUUAUAGUGUAAACAACAACCACAUAUCCCAAUAUCCCAACCCUGUAAUUGUGGAGCAAUCCCCAAGUGAAUAUUCAAAUUCAAGCUCCUCAUCACGGCAAAGAUUAGAAUCAGCCCCCAUGGACAUUCAUUACUUGGGAGCUCCCCACUUUGAUUCCAGUGGAAUCAUAUCUUCCCCAAUGUCCAUCUCAGAGGCUCACUCCACCGGAAUGUCCACUCCCAAUGGGAGUCCACACAACUCCACCCAUGAAGACGACGAUGAGGACAUUCCUGAUCCUUACCCAUCCUCGCCGAAUUCUGUGUUUAAUUCUCCAACCCAUGACCACCAACUCCAUCUUCCUCACGUUGAUCCCAUCGACCCAUCAAUCUUAGGAGCUUCAGGAUUCAGCGUGGAGAUCACCCCUCCACCUGACUCUGUCAAUCGGACUCAUGAGCUUCCAGACGUCAUACCCACGCAAUAUAGACAUUGCCUUCGCGAUUUCAAUGAUGAACCUCAAGGAUCAUCCGAGAUUGAGGCUGGAGCCGUUGGGCAAGUGGUGAAGUAUCGGCGUGAGCAGAUGCUGCAGAUUCAAGAUGGUGCAGGAGAAGCGUCCGGGGCAGCCAAUAAACUGGUACCCUCUGAAAGUAGACUCUAUCGGAGAAGGAUUAGCAAAUCGCCCGCGGAUCGGACCUGUCGAAGUCCAUCGGACUCUGGGUCAACCUACACUGAGGAGAUCUCCCCAGAGUCUGUGGCGCAGGUCACUUCCCUUCCAUCAAUUCCACGUCGGAGUACCUUUCGAGUCAAUCUCCCGCCAAAUGAGAUGCUGCCCACUCAUUGGGAGGCGCGUAUGGACAGCCAUGGUAGGAUAUUCUAUAUCGACCAUCUGAAUCAUACGACUACUUGGCAUAAACCAGCACCUGCUUCAGCCCUUCAAUACCCAUCUAAUGAGGCCUCGGGGGCAAGGCAUGACGAGCAGCAACGACUCCAACUAGAUCAACGAUACCAACGGAUCCAUCGAGCUAUGGCGUCCACCUCUGUAUCUUCUGAGACGGACAUCACGGACGGAAUGAGUUAUAGUGAGAGUGCCUCUUUUAUUACUGCCGAACGCCAAAAAGAGUUGCUGAUUCAGAGUCCGAUGGUGCGAUUUGUUUGCCGAUCCGACUUUUUUACACGGGUCCAGCAAUCUGACCAUCCAUGCACUAGCUUAUUGAAUAGGUCAUCGGUGAAACAUAUGAUCUCACGGAUCCGCCGAGAUGCAUCCACCUACGAACGCUACCAGCACAACCGUGACCUUGUGGCCUUACUGAAUAUAUUCUCUUGCAAGGAGCGGGACCUUCCACCAGGUUGGGAGAGCAAAAAGGAUCGGAAUGGCAAAAUAUUUUUCAUUGAUCACACGGCUAAAACGACAACUUUCAUUGAUCCACGGUUACCCAACGAUUGGCCCUUACUUCCCUUGGAUGUGUCCGAGCCUCAUUUGUUGGCGCCCAAUGACCCCGCCUCACCCCUCCUUCCCCCGCCUCCUCCACGGAACCAUAGACACUCACUCACGCCACCUCUCAAUACAAAUCGGACAGCCACGCCCAACACGGCCAUCUUUCUGGCUCCACCUAAUGCCCGCAGAAGAUCCCGAUCGGUGGGAGACGACGAACUGAACCAGUCGGCGCGAUCCAUGAGCGUCGUUCGGCCUUUGACCUCUUCAACUAGCGGAGGGGUGACUAUGCCGGCCGUUCUCUGCAAUACCCCCACCGCUUACAAUGAAAAGGUUGUGGCCUUCUUGAGACAGUCUGCAAUAAUGGAAGUUCUGAAACAGAAGAGGCCCUCAGUGGCCUCGAAUAAAUACCUUCGGGACAAGAUCAAUGCUAUUCGCCUUGAAGGAACCUAUGCUUUGGAAAGAUUGUCCCAAGACGUUGAACUCACUAUACUUCUAAGCUUAUUCGAGGAAGAAAUCAUGUCGUAUGUACCUCCAAUACUCCUCGCCGGAAAUUUCCCUCCUGGACCAAGCACUCCUCCUUUGACGGCAGGUGGAGCCGCCACUGGGCCUGGGCCCGUUCCACGGUCGCCGCGAAGUUCUCCCAAUCUUUCGCCAUUGACCUCACCAGGAUUUACCCGUGCCAAUGCCCGAGCUCCAGCGCCUUACAGAAGAGACUUUGAUGCCAAGCUUAGGAGCUUCUAUCGAAAGCUAGAAUCAAAAGGCUACGGACAAGGCCCGGGAAAGCUCAAGUUUCCGAUCCGUCGGGAGUUCCUAUUGGAGGAUGCCUUCAAGCAAGUAAUGUGUGCUUCCAAGAAAGACUUGGCCAAAUCGAGGUUGUUUAUCUCCUUUGACAAGGAGGAAGGCUUGGACUAUGGCGGGCCAAGUAGGGAAUUUUUCUUCCUGAUCUCAAGAGAGGUGUUCAAUCCGUAUUACGGUCUCUUUGAAUACUCAGCCAAUGACACUUACACAGUACAACUAUCGCCCCUGUCGUCUUUUGUUGAUCACCAUCUGGACUGGUUCCGGUUUUGUGGACGUUUACUUGGCCUUGCAUUGGUCAACAAGUACCUUUUGGAUGCCUUCUUCACCAGACCAUUUUACAAAGCACUUUUAAAACUGCCUGUUUCCUUGGAUGAUCUUGAGUCUCUGGAUGGUGAAUUUCAUCAAUCCAUGGUUUGGUUGCAAGAGAAUGAAAUAACUGACCCUGAAACUCUGGGAAUGACCUUUUCAGUCAAUGAGGAGGUCUUUGGGAAAAUAGUUGAGCGUGACCUAAAGCCUGGAGGGAAACACGUUCAAGUCACUGAGAAGAAUAAAAAGGAUUACAUUGAACGAGUUGUAAAAUGGCGACUGGAAAGGGGUGUGGCUGCCCAAACUGAUAUCUUAGUAAAGGGUUUCUACGAAGUGGUUGAUCCACGGCUUUUGGCUGUCUUUGAUGCAAGGGAGCUUGAGCUUGUCAUUGCUGGAACAGCUGAAAUCGAUGUUAUUGAUUGGCGACGGAACACCGAAUAUAGGUCUGGUUAUUAUGAUGCCCACCCUGUGAUUGCCUGGUUUUGGUUAGCCAUUGAACGUUUUGACAACGAGCGUCGCCUGCGACUCCUCCAGUUCGUGACGGGAACUUCUUCCGUCCCCUAUGAAGGAUUUGCCGCACUUAGAGGCUCCAAUGGUCCUCGAAGAUUCUGCAUUGAGAAAUGGGGCAAGCCAACCAGCCUUCCUAGGGCUCAUACUUGCUUCAACAGACUAGAUCUUCCACCGUACAUUUCUCCCGAGCAGCUCUUGGAAAAACUCCUUUUGGCUGUCGAGGAAACCUCGACUUUUGGAAUCGAGUAGACUAGAUCUUUUUGUGGUUGUAAAAGUAUUUUCCAUCUUGCACCAUUCAACCUUUCUCGGUUAUCCAUUUUUCUUCAUCUUCUUCUUUGUGAUACUUCCUCUUCUAUACAUUAUGAAAUUUCCCUCUAUACUCCUUUACUGAAAAGAGCUCUUUAAGCAUCCAAAUUUUCAUCUGUUGCUCCCUCUGAGUCAUUAACUUGUCACAAUUGUCGUAGCUCAGCAUGAUUACGUAUGAUAUCUGGUUUGCUUACUGGUUCUAUUUCUGCUAAAAUCAUAUUUGUACUCGUAAUCAUACCAUCGAGUUGUUAGAACAAUCUCUCUCCAUUGCAACGUUUUGAAUCUAACUGUGAUAAUUGGAUUCUAAGCAAUUUUUUCCUAUCUGAAAAAAAUAAAGACGAAGUUUCCAUUUGUGCCUAUUAUGUGAA